AUGGGUAGGAAAGUUUACUCUAAGGGCCGGGUGAUUAAGUGGGAUGUGGAGAUGGGCUCGUUUUCGCUUGAAUUGUUGAUGACAAGUCUGCAAAAUGAAGUGAAAUGGGCACCAACCCAGUCUGCCACAGUCUGGUUCUAUCACAAGAGGUUGGGUGAGGACAUUAGGUUAACUGAAGAAUUUCAAUUGCAUCAGAUGUUUGAGAUGUAUGAGUCAGAGAUGUGUUGCCAUGUGGUUGUAGCUAUCCUAGAUAAUACCAAAAUUUUAGAAGUUGUGCUAACUGAUGAGUUAGAGCCUUUGUGUGUGGUGCCACCUACUGAUGGGGCGCUUGCUAACCCAACUGGAGUGUCUGCAUCCAAAGUGGCAGAUUCAGAAGAGCCUGCAGCUAAGCAGGCAAAUGUUCUAUUCACUGACUUAUUUGAUAAUGAGGAGGAAUAUGUUGGUGCGGAUGAUGAGCACAUCCAUAUGCAUGUGCCACCAUCAACUGCAGCAGCAUCAGAGCCUGAAUCUCAUGCACAACAAACUGAAUCUCAUGAAAAUAUUCCUGCUGCUAAAGGAAGUGAAGGAGGGGAAGGAGCUGAAGGAGGUGAAGGAGGUGGAGGAGGACCAGUUGAGGUAGAGGUAAAUGAUGCAGAUCCCCAGGAGUUCAAUGUGAUACAUGAUCCUGAGCACCCAAAUAUUGAGAAGGGUUCAUUAUUUCCUGAUAUUGUGACAUUCAGAAAAGCAGACAGACAUUAUGCAGUGAAGAGGGGCUUUGAGUUCACUGACCUGAAGACAGAUAAGACCAGAGUUAAUGGUACCAAGACAAUUGAGAUAAAAGUACUUCCUGCUGAGCACAAUUGCCCUACUACCAAACUGAGGGAAAGCAAAAUGACUACACAAGGGUGGGUUGCUGACAGACUGUCUGACUGGGUGAAGAAGAAUCCUGGCAAGAGUGCAAAGGAUGCCAAAGAAAAAGUAGAGGGGGAUUAUGGCAUCAAGUUGAAGUAUUCAAAGGCUUGGUCUGGUUUGAAACUUGCACUAGAGCAAGUUCAUGGUAAAUAUGAAGAGAGUUUUCAGUUAUUGUUCAAUUGGAAAGCACAGAUGGAGCUCAGUUCACCUGGUAGUCUGAUUGAGAUUGAUUUAGAGAGGAAAAAUAAGAAGAUGCGCUUCAAGAGGAUUUUUAUAGCAUUGAAGCCAUGUGUAGAUGGGUUCUUAGCAGGGUGUAGACCAUAUAUAGGUGUAGAUGCCACAAAACUGAAUGGUAAAUACACAGGUCAGUUGGCAUCAGCCACUGCUGUAGAUGGGCACAACUGGUUGUAUCACCUGGCAUAUGCUGUGUUUGAUUCAGAGACUGAGGAGAACUGGACUUGGUUUAUGGAGCAAUUGCAGAGAGUUGUAGGGAUACCAGAGGGCCUGGCCAUUUGUACAAAUGCAUGUAAAGGUCUUGAGACAGCAGUAGGUGUUGUUUUUCCAACUGCUGAGUACAGAGAGUGCAUGAGGCAUCUGUAUGGCAACUUCAUGAAGUCCUAUCAAGGAUAUGUGUUUACAGAGCACUUGUAUCCAGCUGCCAGAAGCUACAGAGAGGGAUUAUUCAGGUGGCACAUGAAGAAAAUUUUUGAGGUUGCCCCAGAUGCUAUAGAUUUUCUAGAGGAGCACCACAAUAAGUUAUGGUACAGAAGUGGAUUCUUAGAAUCCUCCAAGUGUGAUUAUUUGACCAACAAUGUUUCUGAGAGUUUCAAUGCUCAGAUAAGGCAUUUGAAGGGUCUGUUGCUACAUGAACUGGUUGAUGGUUUGAGAGAGCUGAUUAUGGAGAAGAGGUAUCUUAGGAAGAAGAUAGCAAGGCAGAUGGAAGAUGGAAUUCUGCCUAAUGUGAUGAAGGAACUGAAUGCAAUCAACAUGAACUUGCAGGUUGUUAAGGUUGCCAGAAGUGAUGAAGACAUUGCAGAGGUGACCCUGAUUGACAAGUGGAAUAAUACUAGGAGGCACUCUAUGGACUUGACAAACCACAAGUGUUCAUGUAGAGAGUGA